CCAUGUCAACACCUACUGGUGUGUUCUGCUUUUCAAACCAGGAAGAUGGAUCUGCUGUCGAACAAAUGGGUCGUUAAUUUGCUUGUUUGUUGGCUUUUCAUCGGUGUCAGCUGUAAUUCAGUGGAAAAGAAGAUCUAUGUGCAUCUCAAUAACACUGUGCCGUGUGUGCGACUGCUCAAUGCAACACAUCAAAUAGGCUGCCAGUCCCAUUUGUCAGGUAAUGUUGGCGUGCUCCACGUGCUCGAGUCAGAGGAAAACUUGGACUGGGUCCUGCGUACUGGACCCAAUCCUCCUUAUGUGGUUAUCCUGGAGUCACUGCUCUUUACCAGGUCCAUCAUGAUGAAGUUGAAGAACGGCUCCGGCAGGGUGGCUGGCGUCGCUGUCGUGGCGCCAAACACGAACCCGCUCGAGGGCUUCUCUCCACACACCACCUGCCCCAACGAGAACACAGGCGUGUAUACAGACAGCUACGAUCCAACCAUGGCACACUGUAACGUGACUGUGUGGAACCCUUUGGGAAACGGUCUGUCCUAUGAGGAGUACGACUUCCCCAUCUUCUCUCUGAAAGACGACAAUGACACCCAGGUCAUACGGCAGUGUUACAUGGACCACAACCGCGCUGUGAACGGCAGCAAUCCUCAGUACCCGCUGUGUGCCAUGCAGCUGUACUCUCACAUGUCCGCCGUCACCGAUACAGCCACCUGCAUGAGGAGAAACGACAUUAACUUUAGCAUCAGCCCAGAGAUGGUUUGUGAUCCACUGGGGGACUAUAAUGUUUGGGGCUCCACCAGGCCCAUCAACACAACAGCCAAGGGCCACAAGAUGUGGGAGAGUGUGGUCAUAGCAGCAGCCAGGUUGGACAGCAGGUCCUUUUUCUUUGAAGUUGCUCCAGGAGUGGAGAGUGGAGUCUCUGGGUUUGUCACUCUGCUGGCAGCUGCUCACGCUCUGCGAAAUGCCACCCAGGAGGCCCCACCCAACCGCACCAUCUUCUAUACCUUCUUUCAAGGGGAAACCUUUGACUACAUUGGCAGUUCGAGGAUGGUGUAUGAUAUGGAGAACAGCAACUUUGCGGUGGACCUGGACAAUGUUCACUCAGUGCUGGAGAUAGGACAGGUGGGACUUCGCGCUGACUCCAGGUUGUGGCUUCACUCUGAUCCUGUAUCGAGGAAGAACAGCAGUGUCAAUGAAGAGGUGAGGAAGCUCAUUGAAAACUUGCAGUUGGCUGCCACAAAUUUAAGCGUCUCAGUGAGCGAGCCCAGUUUCUCUCAGCCGCUCCCGCCCUCGUCUUUCCAACGUUUCCUGCGAGUUCGCCCAUUCCCCGGUAUUGUAAUCGAGGAUCAUCAGUCUGCUUUCACCAACAGGUUCUAUGAGAGUAUGUACGAUAAUGCAGAAUACCUGAACAUAUCGUACCCACCAAAUCUGUCUCCGGAGGAGCAGCUAGAUCAUCUCACUGACACUGCAAAGGCUCUGACUGAGGUGGCCACCACAGUGGCCCGCGCUCUGUACGUGCAGGCAGGAGGAGCUCAAACCCAGCUGAGCAGCAUCAACGCAGACCCUCAAAUAGUGACUCGGAUGCUGUACGGUUUCCUUGUUAGGUCAAAUAACUCCUGGUUCCAACAACUCGUCCCCUCUGACCUCAACAGCCAUCUGACUGACAAGCCCACAAACUUCUACGUUGGUGUGACUCAGCAAUCCAGCGUACCGACCCUUCUGGUCCAGCACCUGCUGGCCAACCUGACCGGCAUCACCGUCAACAUCAGCAAGGAAAACUGCCAGAACCAGAGAAUGGAUGAGAACGACAAGGAGAGCAAACAUAUGUACUCGUACAUGUGGGUUCAAGGCGCGGCGCCUCUCAACAGCACAAAGAGGGAGGGUUACUGCGUACGCUCCACGGUUCGUCUCACCAAAGCGCUGUCCCCAGCCUUCGACCUGCGGGAGUUCACCUCCAAAGAUUAUUCAACAUGGACAGAGUCCCGGUGGAAGUCCAUCAAAGGACGCAUAUUCCUGGUGGCGAGUCACGAACUGGAGAUGUUGACGCUGGGCGUGGGUGUCGGCGUGCUGCUAACAUCCCUGCUGCUGACGUACAUCAUGAGUUCAAAGGCCGACAUACUCUUCAGCUCAGGGCGGGAGCCCGCCAAUGCCACCUACUGAUCCAGACUACAGCAACACCAGCCCACGACCACUACUACUACAACUACUACUACUACUACUUUCUAUCCCAAGCAGACAUGGACAGGGUCUUUUCUUUAAAACACAACACAAGUAGGUACACAGACAGGUUUAGACACAGACACUGGGGAGGGGGGGGUAUUUUUAGACAACGACGACGAUGACUCCAUGUUUAUGGACUCCCUCAGGUGAGGCGUGACAUGAGGACUGGACCGGACUGGAUUGGCCUGGAUGGAUCUGGACUCAUCAGGGUCAGAAGACACUGCUCAGGCACUAGCAGGCCCUGUCACUGGAAAAGAUGUUUAUAUUUUGUUUGUUUUAGGUUUUUUUGUUUUCCCUUUUUAUUGUUAAAGAAUGUUUUGUUUACUGUGUCGUGGGAUAGGCACUAAACAUGGAGCAUUAUUUUGAGUGUGUGAGUAUGAUUGUGAAUAUGUAAAAUGUGACAGAGACUGUGAGCAAUUGACUGGGGGAUUCAGUGUGUACGGACAGGUGUGUGUGUUAGUGUGUG